UUAUUUAGGAUUAGACCGGUGAUAGAAACAAACGCGGCGCACUUUGCUGUAUUUUGUGUUUGUAUGUUUUUUCCUCGUCGCUGUUUAUCAGUGUGUUUAUUUCAAUUUAUUUAACAGAUAAUAAACCUUCAAAAUGAGUAAUAUUUAUAUUCAAGAGCCACCAACGAGCGGCAAGGUUUUAUUAAAGACCUCAGCAGGAGAUAUAGAUGUAGAAUUGUGGUCUAAAGAAGCGCCUAAAGCCUGCAGGAACUUCAUACAGCUCUGUAUGGAAGGUUACUACAACGGGACCGUAUUCCACCGCGUGGUUCCAGAUUUCAUCAUCCAGGGCGGUGAUCCGACCGGCACCGGGACCGGGGGGGAGUCCAUUUACAGUCGUCCUUUUAAGGAUGAGUUCCACUCCAGGUUGAGGUUUAUCAGGAGAGGUUUGGUUGCCAUGGCGAACGCUGGACCUAACGAUAACGGCAGUCAAUUUUUCUUCACUCUCGGUCGUGCCGACGAACUCAACAACAAACACACUAUAUUUGGAAAGGUAACGGGGGACACGGUGUAUAACAUGUUGCGUUUAGCGGAGGUGGAGUGUGAUGCAGAAGAGCGGCCGCUAAAACCACACAAGAUCAGAUCUACAGAGGUUUUAUACUCACCGUUCGAUGACAUCACACCUCGUGAGAUCCACACCAAGAAACAGAAAGUCCGGGAGGAGGGAAAGAAAUCUCAGUCCAGGGCUACAAAGAAUUUUAGUUUGCUGUCGUUCGGUGAGGAAGCGGAGGAGGAAGAGGAAAUGGUCACUCAGGUCACUCAGACCAUGAAAGGAAAAAGUAAAAGCAGUCAUGACCUCCUGAAGGACGACCCCAAGCUGAGCUCGGUUCCUGUGGUGGGCAGCCAGACGAUUCGGGGAGACGCUUCAGACGUAGACGGUGAAACACAGGACCAGGAUGAGGAGGAUAUUGAUGAAGAUGAUGAAGACGAUGAUAAAAAAAUGAGGAAGAAGGAAAUGAGAGAGCGGAUCUCAAAAAAGCUGAAGAAAGAGAAACCGGAGGAUCAGAAGUCAUCAGAGAAGGUGGAGGAGACGGAGAAAAAGAGCAGUCGAAGUGAUGAACUCCGUAAAGAAGCUCGAGAGCUGAAGAAAGAACUCCUCGCAAUCAAACAGCGGAAAGACGAGAGGAUGAAGCCUGAGGAGACCAGCACAGAAGAGAAGAAAGUGUUAAACGAGGCCGUGUCUGAGUAUCUGGAGAGCAAGAAGAAGUACGAGGAGAUGAGGACGCAAAAACUGAAGAAGGGUUCGGGCAGAGAAGCGCAGACACUCGCUCUCCUGGACCGUUUUAAGUCUAAGCUUUCAUCAGCAAUUUGUGAAACCCCCGAGACCCCAGACGACGAGGAGGAGCUGGGAGAAGACGAUGAUAAAGGAUGGAUGGCUCACGUGCUGCAGUUUGAUGAACAGAGCAGGAAGGUAAAAGACGCAAACAUGCAGGACGAAGACACAUUUGAGAUUUACGACCCACGAAACCCCGUCAACAAACGCAGACGAGAGGAGAGCAAGAAACUGCUGAAGGAGAAGAAGGCCAGGAGGUGAUCUCCUCCUCUUCCUCCUCAUCACCCCCAGGUUCCUCUCACGCUGUAGAUAUUAUUAGUGAUGAGAAUGGACUUCGCUUCUCCACCUAUUUGUCUCUGGGUAAGAAAUAAAAUAAAGGACGUUCUGUGAGGAGCUUCAGGAAUUUGAUCUUCUCUAAUGUUGUGGAGUUUUAUGAAAUAAACAGAUGUUUUUUUUCCCAUAAAUGUUUACACUUUAAAACAUCA